AUUGCUGAAGUGAGACUAGAAAGAGAAGAUGAACAAUUCCCUGGAUUACCUGGCCUACCCUGUCAUCGUCUCAAACCACAGGCAAACCACAACCUUCAGAAAGAAACUGGACUUAAGCCACUACAUAUCUCACAAGAACAGAAUACAAAUAGUGAAGCCGGCCGUUGACACCAAGCCUCCAGUGGCGCACACACACCACAUUUUUAAGUUGAGCAAACUACAGGGUGAACAAAAGAGAAUCGACAAAAUCGAGUAUGAAAAUAAGCAACUAUGUCAGAAAAUCGCAGACGCCCAUCGCGGCCCUGCCAAGGUGGACUGCUGGAAUGAAUAUCUUUCCAAGAGCUUAAACAGAGAAACAAGGAACCGUGAGCUAGUGAGAAUCACCGUGGAAAACCAGGGAAUUCUGAAGAGGCUUGGUGAUCGCAAACCCCACUACGACUGCAGGGCAUCUGAGAUCGACUGGCAGAAUUCAAGGCGCUAUAUCAGAAAUACAACAAGAUAUUCUCUGCCGAGAUGAAUAGGUUACUCACCGUGGGAAAAGGCGCAAGGGAAGGCCCUAGGAUUUCUCAGCUGCUUAGAAUUUCAAGACGCUCUCUGAGCGACUGAGUGCUGAAUCUUAGGAUGUGUCAAUAAAGCUUGGAACAUACAA